AACUGAAUGAUCUCAACUAAAAAGUUUAGUAACAGUUAUAAAUGGAUAGGAUUUAUUUGCACUGUAGCCUUAUGGGGUAGGGUAGAACCAAUAAAUGUUUUAAGGUAUUUCAAUUUAAAAUCUAGCUAUCGUGUAAAACUUGUAAACAAACAUUCACCGCUUCGUCAAAUUUAAGUUCUGAGUCUGUGGAAAGCGAGACUAUAGUAUAAAACUAAAUCGAUAUAAGUUCCUUAAUUUUAACAGCAAUAAAAUUAAGAUCUGUAUAUAACACAAACUAAAACCGGCAAACAUUAACACAACGAUUCAAAAUGAAACUAAAUCGACGCCCCCUAUCGGUAGCGGUUAUCAACGUGACGCUUUACCAGACUCUCUGCUCGUCGGAGAUAUACUGAGACAGCCGAGCGUCUGGUUGAACGAGACUACUGAGCCUCUUGUUUCUCUUUCGGUAUGGGAUUCCCUGAAAUUCGAACAGGAAGUGAAAUGCAAUUUUCAUAGUUGCAGUCGAAAACAACAUUACCAUCAAAAUAGCGAGUGAGUAAGCUACUACACAUAGCUGUAGUCUUACUUAUUUCGUCGACUGUAACUGGACAGUGCAUUUAACACAUUGGAGGAGUCAACGGCAACAGAAAAAAAUUUGUCAAAUGACAAUCCUGCUCCUGCUUCAAAAGCGAUGUCUGCAAUCAAUCCAUUUGAUGAAGACUCCACGCCUUCAGAUUUGUCAAAUGACAAUCCUGCUCCUGCUUCAAAAGCGAUGUCUGCAAUCAAUCCAUUUGAUGAAGACUCCACGCCUUCAGUGCACGUGCUGAUGUACAAUUUGGAGGAAACUGCGCUUUGUCCACCAAUCCCUUUAGAAGAGAUACAGGACAUGUUCGAGCGUAAUGGAGUGAUAGCUGGUCUUCAGAAGUGGGAUAUAUGUAUGGUCCCAUUUGGUGUGGAAGGCAAGAUGCAUCGAGCCUUAAUACUUGGUCUAUCGGAAAAUCUAGAGGAACUACAAAGAGAAUAUCAUACAAUGAUGGAAAAGAAGGAUUUGAGACAACCACAGCAAGCUGUAAACAGAACGAUGCACGUGCUGGUGUACAAUUUGGAGGAAACUGCGCUUUGUCCACCAAUCCCUUUAAAAGAGAUACAGGACAUGUUCGAGCGUAAUGGAGUGAUAGCUGGUCUUCAGAAGUGGGAUAUAUGUAUGGUCCCAUAUGGUGUGGAAGGCAAGAUGCAUCGAGCCUUAAUAGUUGAACUAUCGGAUAACCUAAAGGAACUACAAAGUAAAUAUCAUACAGUGAUGGAAAAGAGGGCUUUGAGACAAGCACAGGAAGUAGCAAACAGACCAGGUAAAUUUGGGAAAAUUAUUAAAUUCGUAGUUGGGGGUGCAGUGAUUGUUGGUCUUGCAGCAGUAGCAGGACCACGUGCUGCAGGAAGAUUAUCUGGUACUGGUGUGAUUGUAAAUACUGGGGAGUUGUCGACUGCAAAAUUAGUAGGGACUGCUGGGAUAGAGAUUGCCUCCAACGCGAUGAAUUUUGCUGCAAAGAGUAUCUUAACUCCUAGACUCGGUUAGAAAUCUGGAUCAGAAGAAAGAAGCUGAGUACCAGUGUAAUAUCUGCUUGGACGGUGAAAUGUACAACGACAACCUGUUUGUGCCCUGUUUAUAAUAGUGUAUUUGAAGAAAUAACGCAGACCCAACAAGUCAUAGGAAAGAAGUUGCUGUAAACUGUUAUCAUAAUGUUUGUUUUGUUGUUUUUGUUUACGAAUACAUAUACAUGUACAUUGUAUAGUCUGUCCCAAUAUCAUUAUACAGCACAUUUGGAUGAUUUGUAAUAAAAAUACACAUACCUGUGAAAGAAGUUCAAUUGAAAUAGUUGAAAGGAAUAAUUUCCAAAUUAAAGAUAAUUUCAUUGACACAUUAUCAUCUUUCCAAUGGAAAAAUUCACAGGAACGAAAACAGCUUCCUUACGGAGAUUUAUAAUGGGGAAUGUUUACAUCUUUUCUCCAUCCGGAAUACACUCAGAAUACCUCGCGCAAUUUUUCAACGUUAUCAUCCGGGCUUGCUGCGAUACAAAAUCGUAGACAUCACAUUUUUAGCUCACCUGAGCUGAAAGCUCAAGUGAGCUAUUCUGAUCACAUUUUGUCCGUCGUCCGUUUGUCCGUCCGUCUGUUCGUCCGUCCGUCCGUCUGUAAACUUUUUACAUUUGAACUUCGUCUCUAAAACCGCUUAUCCAAUUUCAACCAAAUUUGGCACAAAGCAUCCUUAUGGGAUGGCGAAUAUAAAUUGCAGAAAUAAAAGUCCGAUCUGUAUUCAAAGCGGAGAAAACCUUGAAACUGUAGAAAAAGGGGGGUGCAUUUUUAAAAAUCUUCUUCUCAAGAACUACUGAGUUCAAUUCAACGUAGUUUAGCAUAAAUUAUCCUUAUGGGAAGGAAAAUAUAAAUUGCAAAAAUUAAGGUCUAAUUCUGUUUCAAAUCUGAGUUAUUACGAAAAUAAUGAUAACGGAAAGGCGUAUUUCAGCUUCGGUUCGGUUCGGCAUCCGGUAAAAUGGGUAGGCAAGACUUGGCCUGGUCAAAACAAAAGAUUGGCAGUUAUUAAUCUGCCAAUCUCAUUAAAAUUUCAGGAUAUUUGAUGGACCAGUAAUAUUUGUAUUCGCUGUAAAUAUUGCCGCAAAAUAAUGCGUAUUUGGAAUUGACGAUUGCCGAUCUGCCCCGGCUUUUAUUUUGCCACGGCCCGGGUUUGCAUACCCAUUUUACCAAGACUCGUAUUCCAUACUUCUAAAACGAGGUUCUUUGUUUAAAGCAGCCAUGACAUUAUACGAAAAAGGGUCGAUCUGACUAUGAUGAAUUUGUUAUGCAACAGUUCGCGUAUGAAGGGAAAUUUUUGAAACAUGCAAAAUAUAUUGGUGCCGAUUUUGUGAAGUAAAUUGAGGCUAAAUAUUUCAAUGCGUUGACAGAUUUCACACAUGAUGUUGGUGUUAGCUUUUUCUGAUUUUCGUUUCGUUUUCAUUAUUUAUGCUUUGUAAUUUAACCUGGGAACUCUUGUAUUUCGUGAUUUGUACGUAUCAAUUCAAACAGAGACUUCGGUAAAUCAAACAGUUAACUGUUUACCUGCGCAAAUUAAGCAAAAUCUGAUGUAUCAAAAAAGUACUGAAAUACAAUUCAUUCUAUCGGUAACUCGGCAUUAUCUUUUGCAUAAUGGUAGAUUAAUGCAAUAGGUUUUUUUGAGAUCGAUGCUCGGCAUUUUCUCGAGUUUAUUCAGUUUAAAAAGAGUUUGAUAUUGCUGACGGAAAUAUGUAGGUAUAUAUACGUGUAUAUAUAUGAUUCAUUUCGAAAAAAUAAAUUGUGUUCUUUAUUUGUUAUAGUGCAUGCAUGUUUCUUGUGUUUAAUUGUUUACAAUUUCUAUUUACUAACCAUAUUUGAGUGUUAAGCUUCGAUUUAUAAGCAAGAUACAGAGAUUUGCUCACAAUUCUAUGUUUGUACACAGAUCUUUAAAACUAAAGAUUAAAAAAGUAGAUUAAAAAAGUAAAAGAUUUGUCAAUAUUUAUUAAGAAAAUUUUCAAAGUCUGUUCUUCCAGAAACCAAUUUUAACAACUUAUUGUAUUGUAAACUUAACCUUUUUUCGUCAUUAUUACUCCUACUGUACAUGUGAUCCUUGACUGUGUUUGUGUACAUUUGUAUAAACUGAUUUUGAACCUUAAAUACCAAUGAACUGGUCUUGAGUGGAUAAAAGAAUUGAAAAUCUUGGGCCAUUCUUUUUUUCCAUUUUAAAUGCUGAAUAGGAAAUACCAAGUUAAAAAUCUUAAGCUGAAUGUAAUAAACUCAUGUCAACAAAAUAUGACUCAAACCUAGGAAAACUGUGAGCUCUGUAUCUUGCUUAUAAUUCUACGAUUGACGCUGAAAUUUUGGUUGAAAUAUACAUAUAAAUUAGAAAUUCUAUAUGAAUUAGAGUAUGUUAAAUACUUGUACAAACAAAAUAAAAGAAUGAUAUUCUGUAUAUACCUACUCCCUGGGGCCCCCUCAUUAUACAAUAAAUAAUGUGAAAUCUACAUCAAUUUUGAUAGUUUUUCAGACACGAGUAAAUAAAAACGACAUCUUUAAAACAGUUUCCAUAGUUCUGACACAUUUCUGUUAUGGGGAUAAAAUAAUUAUCGCUAUUCCUAAGAAAAUAUCACAGCGGAAAAUUAUCCUGGUUUGUACGUGAGGUAAAUAACAGUCAUUUAAUUAUAAUGGAGAAGACAAAUUGAAUUUUUGAAUGUUUCAAUUUGAGGAAUUGAGCACAUUGAGGUACAAUUUUCUUCUUCACAUCCAUACAUGUAGGAUUUUUUAAAUAAAAUACAAUAACUAUUAUAUAUUUUUUUUAAAUACAAUAACAAGUAAGUAGUUGAUGAAAAAAAUGUACCUAUUUGCUCUCAUAUAUUUCGAUCGCUUUACAAAGUGUGGGGGGGGGGGGGCAGAACAAAUAUAUAGGGAAUUGGAAGUUAACAACUUAACAGUGUACCCCUACCGAAUGUUUAGUUUUAUAUCUUGCGUAGGCUUUUCUUAUUCUGGUAAAAAAUAGUAUUUCAUGAAGGUACAAUGUCAAAGAUUACGUGUAUGCAAAAAUAAGUGUAAAAUUCGAAUACUUGACAAUAUUCAUUUUUUGUUAUUCUACCGAGGGACCAUAUGGCACAAUAUCUUUUGAACGCCCACUGUUGCUCAGGUGAGCGAUGUGGCCCCAUGGGCCUCUUGUUUAGCAUUGCAAUGAAGCCUGAUAAGCUAACAGGGGCAUUUUGACUCAGAAAUAUUGGAAAUGUUCAUACCUUUGAAUGAACUUCGUUUUAACCCUGAGGUAUUUAUAAUCCAGGAUAUCUUGGGGCAGAGUAUAAUAACUUAUUUGUCGAAAUGAUUUUCACGGGUAGGUAAAGGCAACUCCGUGUUCAUUAAUUGUUUAUUCCGAUGAAAACAAUGGCUUAUGUUGGAUAUCAUUUGAAACUAUCGUGCCAUGGUAUUUUUUUAAGCUUUACAAAUUUUAAAAAGUGUAAUACUUCAAUAAUGUUCGUAAUUAUUUACCCAAAACACUCUCAACUACUAUAACUCCGUUCAUGAGAGUCUUGACGUCAAAACGACCUUUUCCGUACAGUGAUAUUGAAUUGGUUUUACUAUUUCUUUUUUUAACAUUUUUUGCGUAAUAUUUCGAUAAUCAUAAUUAAACCUUUUGAAUUUCCGUACAUGUAUAAUGUUUGUUUUCGUUCCUGUGAAAUUCUCCGGGUAAUUUAAAACAGAUGAUGCAUCAAUGCAGAAAUCUAGGGUCUUUGGAUCUUUUCCCUUUUAUCGAUUUAAGUUUAUUGAUAGGUAUAUGUAAGUUUCUUUUUUUUAAUUAAAAAUUAUCAAAAAGUUAUGGAAGCAAUAAAUUGGGAAAGACUCAAAUUAAAAAUCGAUUGUAAAUAUGCAUCGUGUAACCACCUCAAAAUUUGAAUCCAAUCGAUCUGACUUGUGCAAAUCAUUUGAAAAUCGGAUGAAAAUUGCAUCGUGUGACCGCUACUUUAUACGCAAUACAGGAAAAUUGAUGGGAAAAAAUUAAUUUCGAAUAGUUUCCAAAAACAUUGUAUGGCUGAAUUUUUAAAAUAAGGGUAGAGAUAAUGUUAAAAAUGACAAAUUUUAUCAAUAAGACAUCAGGCUGCUUAUUGUGACGUCAUAUUGAUGUGCGGAUUUUUUUUCCAUUGAUCGCUGAGAGUAGCCUUAUCAUACCCGCGUAGUUAAAUUCGCCUACCAGUAAGUUUUAAGAAAUCUUUCUGUUAAGGAGGCUGGAUGGUCAAUAAAUUAACCAUUACACUUGUUAAAAUUUCAAGAAUGAAUUGUUUUGCUAUAAACAACUAUUUAGUAAAGAAUAAAUCCAUAUUUUUCACCUUUUAAUUUUGGGUAUUUUCCAAUAAUUUUGUUGAGAGCUCUCCUUCUAAAGGAGAUCAAUACAGUCUAAAAACUGCCACGAUCAUCGAGCCCUCUUAAUUAGUUUAAUGUUUGUUUGACAUAAUCCUUCAUUUGUAAAUAGAUAAAAAAAAUUCUUGCUGUAAUUUGAUUUGUAUAUGAUAUCAAUAACUUUUGCUAAUAUAGGUGAACGAGAGUAGAGUUCAAUUUUGCUUGGAUCCAUACAAUUUUUCAUUACUAUUUCGAUUACUAAUACGUAGUUUGAUAGAAUAAUUCUUUGAAUAUUACACAUCAUGACUGAUAUUGGGUUUUCACGAAAUCCCUGUAGGAUUCCGAUUAUAAAAAUGUGCUUAAUUUAAAUACUUAUAGGAAUUUACUUGCCACGCAAAAUAACAUAUCGUUGAUUUUAAAAUAAAUAAUAAUCGAUAAAAUCAACUCCCGUCAAUACUUUGAUUGAGAAAGGUUUUACUGAAUGAAUAUUUGACUAACUUGAUAUUGCUAUUUUUGUUUACAAUGUUUCGAGAAUUAACAUGUAUAUCUUUAUAAAGUGUGUGCUUAUUUCAUUUGAUGUGUCUGUUCUUUAAUGAAAUUAAAUGUUUUUAAAUUGCUGUGUCGCUUUAACUUC